CGCAAAGGUGUUUGACGAACUCAAGAAGUUGCGCAAGGAUAUGGCCCGGAUGGCGCAACAACACCGUGACCAGUUGCAACAGUUUGCUAACUUGCAGCCGGCCCAAAGUGUCCUUCCGCCUGCUUACCCUGCUUCUAGUGCUGCGUGUCAAUUGGUUCUUGCCCCUCGAACCGUGUCUUCUUCUUCUUCUUCCUCUUCUUUGAGUGUGGCCAACAGCCUAGCCGGAUCUGCUGCAGGUCUAGACCCUGUUGUUGUUGCCGCUGCUGCUGCAGCGACAAGUGGUAGUGCAGGGCAUUUUGGAACUAUUGCAGCCCCGAAUUCGGACCCAGCAACUGUCGGUCCUAGCUGCAACUUUCCCUACGUGGACAGGAAGGCGACACAAAUUCUGUCUAAGUAUGAUGGGAAGGACGACAUCGAAUCUUGGAUCAACUCCAUGCGAUCCUGCUUUGAUGUGCUGGGGACACCGCCGGUAACUCAGUCGUCGGUCCUAGGGACCAAUGUGGAACCCGCCGUAAGGGGCUUCUUAGAAGUCCAAGCUGUAAAGUCAGGGUAUAAAAGAAUAGACCUGAACAAACGGUUGAAAGCUACGCCUAUAGCCGCACUCGAGGAAUUCUUGAUUAAACAAUAUGCCGAUCCACAUGCUGCACCCAAGGCUAGACUUAAGCUUGACAAGCUCAAAGACAGCAAGUGGACCGACACCAUGCAUAGUCUGCAGCAGUACGUUAGUAAAAGUUUUGCUACUCCUGAUUUAGAGAUGAGUGCGCAGUCUAGCUUGGAUGUGAUUAAAGGCAAGAACCGUUUUUCAGUGCACGAUCUACUUGAGGAUGACGAGGAGACCUUCGAAGAGGAUCCUUCUCUUGAUGACGAUCAAGAGCAAGGCUGCGAGGCAUCUUGCUCUUCGUCAACUCAUGCGUUUGAGUAUGUAAAUGACGAGGAAUCCAUGAAUGCCUUCAAGAAGAUUGCCUUCAAAAGUGGGUGCAAAGUCUUCAACAAGAUCGAUCUCAAGUCUGGCUACCACCAGAUUGAAGUAGACCUUGCAGACCAGCACAAAACUGCAUUCAAAACUCGCGAUGGGCUGUACGAGUUUAUUGUCAUGCCCUUCGGCCUCACGAAUGCACCGACCACCUUUCAAAGUCUCAUGGACAAGGUGUUCCGCAAUCAGAUCAACCAGUUUGUUGUUGUGUAUUUGGAUGACAUACUAAUCUUCAGCAAGUCGACGGAGGAGCACGUGAGAUAUCUUAAGGAAGUGUUGCAGAUCCUCAAGGAUGCGCAACUCCAUCUCAACUUGGAGAAAUAUGAGUUUGGGAGGGACAACGUCGUAUACCUUGGACAUCGAUUGUCUGCUGUAGGCCUAGAGCCCGAGGCAACCAAAGUUGAGGUCAUCCGCAUGUGGCCUCAACCGGCGAAUGUCCGCGAGUUGCGUUCUUUUCUUGGUCUUGCAUCAUACUACCGUAAGUUUGUACCCAACUUCUCUAUCAUUGCCCGAAUGCUGUCCAGAUUGACAAGCAAGAAUGUAUCCUACACAUGGAAUGAGGAAUGCACAACAACCUUCCAAGCAUUGAAGGAGGCUUUGGCGAGUCGUCCGGUGCUCUGCAUUGCAGAUCCCAAACUUACAUUCGUAGUAACUACGGAUGCCAGUUUGUAUGGGAUUGGUGCAGUGCUGCAACAAGAUGAUGGCGACGACUUACGUUCGCUAAAAUUCUACAGCAAACGUAUGCCUAGUCACAAGGUAGGUCCCUCCACUUACAUCGGAGACGGUCUUUUUGCAGAGGGAGGCCGUCACAGAGUGCACACUCUCUCUAGGUUUCUCUGUCAAGCAAAGAGCAGAUACGUUCUUCAGGAAGAAUUGUUGUGCCAGGGGCUCGGGGGUCUCGUGGGUCCUGCGUGCGAUUGUGCUAUAACGAGUAAGCAAGGCAGGAAGAGGACUGGUGGUGAGGCGAUGGCGACAACCACCGUGGCAGCACGAGUGGUUUCUUCCCAUGAGACAAAAUCAUUACUACUUUCAGCUCUAGCAUCACACCCCGCUGGCGUUUCCCCUGGUGCUGCCCGUGCCCAACGGCAAGCAGCUCAGCCAAGUGUUGCUUGUGCUGGUUCGGUGUUGGCAGCCGCUCAAAGACAGCCAUGGCUAGGGCCUUGCCGGUUCUGCAACGGCGGCUUGAGUGCAGCUGAUCCAGGAGCAGCAGGGCGAGUGGAGGUCAGGUGGUCGACACGGCCGUUGCAUUUCACCGUGCGGCGAACAGUCAUGGCAAGAUCUGCGAUGGAAGGUAGCGGCGGGGAAGGGGGAGCCGGAGCCCCGGAAGCUGGGGGCGCUGCAGGGACCGCGAAUACGGGGGGGUCAUCGUCUGCAGAAGCAUCGACCUCGACAGUGACAAAGAGUUCCAGCGCAGCAGAGACGGCCGCUGCGGCGUCAGAACUGGAGUCCAGCCGCCCACCCGUGCGCAAGGUUGUGAGGCGACGGGUGGCCACACCUGCACAAGAGGUGUUACCAACUCGAGGAGUUGAAGAGAAAGGAGUAACAGUUGAGGGUGUUGCGAAGGUUGAUCGAGGCGAUGAGGAAGGGAAAUGGCAACGCAUCGCAUUGCUUUGUGCCGGUGAUGUGGCCUCUCUUCUCCUCUUUGCUUUCAUUGGUAAAGUUAGCCAUGGUUCAGCUGUUGCCAGCUUUGAUUUUGUGCAAGUGGCGGCUCCUUUCGUCGCAGGUUGGCUCCUUUCCGCCCCACUGUUAGGUGGCUAUGGUGCAGGGCCGCGGGGGCUGAAGGGCGCUUUCCCUGCCGCGGGCGCGGCAGCAAAAUGCUGGGCAGUUGGUGUGCCACUGGGAAUUGUCAUCAGGGGUUUAUCCAAUGGGCAUGUCCCACCGAAGGCAUUUGUAAUCGUAACCCUGGGAACCACCUUUGUCCUGCUGGUUGGAUGGCGAUCGGCAUUUGCUGUUUUGUCAGGUAAAAAAGGGAAAAAAUCAGUAGGAGACAGACGCGGCAACCCCUUGGAGUUCCUUGAACUGCUCACGUCUCUCGUUAGAAGAUGGUGAAAGAGCAUGUGGUGUUCAGGUUGUCCAAAUCUUCAAUCACCUCAGUUUCCAAGCCCAUGAUUUUCUCCUCUAAUCACCAAGCGAGAGAGAGAGAGAGAGAGAGAGAGAGAGAGAGAGAGAGAGAGAGAGAGAGAGAGAGAGAGAGAGAGAGUGUCGGAGGUGGUAUUCUGUAGGAGACUAGGAAGUGCGGGUAGAGUAACCAAUGGCAUGUGUAGUGUUUCAGAAAACUCGGCAUUGCUCUGGAUUUUUGUUAAUGUUUAAGAAGGUAGCUCUGUUCUUAGUUGCGAUUCUUGGUCGAUAAUCUGUCAGACUCAACACGUAGCAAUAUUUGACAAUUCAGGAUUAUUCAGCAUUGAUCUGCGUUUUUGAUGGCGUUUAAGAAGAUAGCUUCUGUCCUUAGUUUGAGGUUCUUGGUUUGCGAAUCUGUGCUUCUCGACACGUAGUGAUGUCUGCGAUUAGAUUGUCCAGCAGGCAAUCAUGUCCAUUGCUGAUUGUGAUCACGUCCAUUGUUGACUGCAUUCAGCUAGAUCACCCAUCGUCGUGACUUUAUUGGGCUGGGACACUACCUUGUGGCUGCUCAUUCUUGAAGGAGAAUUUGGUUGGUGGAGGAUGGUAGCAGAGAAUUAGAACACUGAAGGGGAUCACUGAUGUGUUUGUGACUAGGGCAACCCAUCAUCCAUUAUUACUGUGUGAAACACAUAAAUGGGCCUUGAAGGAAAACACAUUUUGCAUUCUUACU